CGGAGAGAAGGUAGGGACGUCGGUGGCCCAGCUCGCCUGCAGUGUGACUGAGCGUGGCGGUGGCGUAAGGUCAAGCCACCACCGUCUCCUGCCUCCGCUGUAUUACCGUGCUGGUGUUGCCGAGUGGUGGUGGUGUGCUAGUGGUGGUGUGGCGGCGGCGGUAUAGCGCUUGUGGAUGUGCGAUAUAGAAAGAAGGAAGAAAAGUUGUAUGUUACUUCAAGCUGAAAUGUCACGAGUGAGAGAAAGGGGGAGAAAAAGAUAAGAGCUGUUUGCAUCGGUACAGAUAACACGGAGGGCAAGGGAACGCUCUCCGACAGACAGACAGACAGACUCUCCCGGAUGACGGAGUGCCCCAAACGUAGACUUCUGUGAUAGGAAAGUGACAAUUAAAAAGAAAUAAAAAAACUGUGAUAGAAAAAGAAAAAUAUCGAAGCGUGAUGAACGGAAACACAUGAACGAAUAAGUGAGCGAAAAAAAAAAGCAGUGCACGUAACAAACUUUGAAAAAAAAAAAACACGAUAAAACGAGAGAAAAAAAAAAUGUUAAUCUGAGAAUCCCCAACACCUUGGGAAGAGGAAGAGGAAGAAGACAACUCGAGGCAUUCCUGAACCACUGGAACUGAACGGGACGGAGCCAAGGAGCGUAUGAGAGCGUAGCAGCGGCGCGUGAGGAGGGGCGGCAUCGUGACCAACUUGGGAGGAGCGUGGGAGGACGUGGGGCAUACAGCGUCGCCAUGGCCCGCCUCCUUCCUCUCUUAUCAGUGGUGGUGACGUGUCUAGUCGCUGAGGCAGUAAGCAUAUGCAUCCCGCCAGCCGCUGUCUCCCACGGGCGUGUUACCUUGGGCCGCCGGGGCGUGGUAGCCUCCUUCAAGUGUAAUGAUGGAUACGUCCUUCAGGGGACAGCCAUAGCGGUGUGUGUGGGGGGCAAGUGGUCCACGCCGACCCCUGCUUGUGUUCUCGAAGAUGACGGGGGAAGGCGCCCCACCUCACGCAGGCGGCAACGAGGUAAGGGACGCCGCCCACGCCCCGCCCACGAGAGGGGUCGAGCGCGCAAAGGACGCCCACGCAGGAUACAGGAGCAGGAGGAAGAGGAAGUGAGGCAAGAGGAGGAGGAGGAGGAGGAGGUCCCUAUGGAGGAUAAGGAGCAGCAGGACCAACAUAUAAUCAGUGCAUAUAAUGUGGUGGAGACGUCGCCAGCACUGAAGAAGCUCCUUGGUGAAGAAGUUGGGAAGGGAGAGACGAAAAACCCCUUUGAUGAUGAGGAAGAGAUGCAAGAACAGACGAAGGAAGGAGAGGAAAUGGUGGAAGAGGAGGAGCAGGUUCAACAGGAGACCCGGGAAGAGAGGAGGAGGAGGAGAAAGGAUCGAAGACAAAGAAAGAAGGGGAAGAAAGGAGGAGGUGGUGGAAAUAGAAGAGGAGGAAGAAGAAAAUCAAAAGGACAGGGAGCAAGUGAUGGGGGAGAAAACGAGUCAGAAAUGCAAGUCCCAUCAACGACAGAGGACUUGAUGGAAGGGCAGGAGUCAGCCAUAAUCACGACCCAAAGCCCUGUGAAUGAAAGGAUAAUGAGACGCAAGGAGAGAAAGAGGAGAAGGAAAGAAAAGCGACAGAGGAAGGAAAACCAGCGGAGAAGAGGAGGACGAGGAGGGAGAAGAAAGGCGGAGGAAGUUGAGGGCGAGGAUCGAUCAGCCAAUGAGGUCAGCCGAGGUCAGAGAGGAGAGGUGAUCUCUGACCCCACAUCACGUGACCCACAACCGGACGUGCGUGGAUCUGCAGCCGAGAGAAGGAGGAGACGACGAAGGAGGAAGAGGAGGAAGAAGGAUAGGAAGAACAGGAACGGCCGAGGAGGGAAGAAAGACAGGAGGCGGAACAGAGGAAGAAAGGGAGGGAACGGCAACGGGAACGGGAACGGGAGGAGAGAGGUAAAUGAAGUCCCAGAACAUGACAUCUCUUAUCUCCACUAAUGAAGUGCCGAUACCAGCUGAGAGCGCCG